UCUUCAGAUUGCUUCAUUCGCUUUGCCAGUGCUCAAACGUUUCGCAUCCAUCGACAAUGAUCGCGAAAAUCCUUUGGUUAUUCGUUAUUCUCGUGACACUUUGUGUGGUAAUCGAAGCAUCCGUGUUGAAUGAAUUAAAAAUCAGACAAGACUAUGAAAAGUUGAAGAUCAGAAGACGCGUAAACCGAGAAACUGAAGAUAUAAAGGAGCCAGAGACUACAACUGAACAAACUCCAAAGCUACACAGAGUGACAUUGACGCGAACACAACCGGUACGAUUUCAACAUUAUCAGACAGAAGACGAAAACACAAAGCAACGCAAUGUCAGAGACGUGAAUGAGUACAAAACUACGAAGAAUAAUCAGAAGCAGUUAAAACUAAAUCGAACCAACUACAAAAACCGAAAGACGAAGGAUCGUUUGUACGAAUCAAGCAAUGGUAAAUAUGCGGAGAAAGAGAAAUCCAGGAGUUGGGGUCAUAUCGAUGGGACAAAGUAUCGGAUAAAGCGUAAUGCUAUAUCUGAAAAUUUAACGAACGAGAAGGCUGAUUAUUACGCGCAAAGGAAGGCGGUCAUGGAUCGAUUUCACGCUCGACAGAAAGAAAUAGCAGAGAAGUACGCGAAAAAAACAGCUACCACCACUCCGAGGUACAUUAAUGACUCCGGAAUGACCACCGAAUCUCCUACGGUGAGGAACGAGACGAAUAAUGUUGAUGAGCAAAAAAUUACAAUCAAUAAUAUCGAUAAUAAUGCAACUGUCAACAUUCUUAAAUUCAUUGAACACGGCGUGGAUACGAAAAAGAAUAAACAUAAUGCACCUUGGUUUAAUACAAAAGAGACAAAUAGUCUCAAUAUAGGAAAGAAAAAAAAAGAUUACUACGAUUCAAACGCGUAUGGACAAAAAUCUAUAAAGAAGGCAAAACCAACGUUGAAAACUAAUAAUGACGUUCGACUGAAACAACUUGGAUCUGCGGAACACGAAAAUAUGUACGAGCGCAAUAUAAUUACAAGAGGUUCUUCAAAUUCUGUUUCACCAAACGAUAACAAAAACUUGUUGAAUGUUUAUAGCAAAUCUGGUAAGUGCGGGAAAUUAGUGUAUCAGCAUAAUUUCAUAAUCGGCGUGCACAAUUCAUCGCAAGCUGAUGCCGACAUAUUGACGUCGAUAGAGGGGUCGUUCUGCAUCACCUGUGUCGAAAUAGAGCGGCGGAAGAAGACGAAGGCUACGAUUGAAUUGAACGCGACACGCAGAGAAGAUGGCACUUUUAGCGAGAUGAAGCUUCAUAUUAAAGGCUUUGAAAACGAAGAAAUACUAAUUGUCGUUAAGGUGUUUGCUGUCGAAAAAGUUGACGAUCGAUGCGACCACUAUUAUUAAUAAAAGAUAAACUUACUCUGAAUUUUUUGUUAUAAAGGGUGUAAAAUUCACUACUCCGAUUUAAUGUAUUCUGUAUAAUAUUUUAUGUAAUAAUUUUAUAUUCUUGUUUGUGAGAGAUACAGAUUUCAAAUAUACAUGAAAGACAUUCAUCUCAA